CUGGCGCCAGCAAAAAGUGGUCGUCAGUCGUUCGCCUGCUGCUGAAAAAUUAACUUCGGCAUAAUUUAGUUGGUCUUUGUCUUUCGCUGUGCUCGUUACGAAUCGUCGCCACCUUCUCUCGUUUUCACAGGACACACAGAUUUGGGGCCGUGGCAACAAUAACAAUAACAAAAGGCACACCGUCGCGCAAUCAAAUACAAAUUUCGUAGCACACUUUUCAGCUACACUGCUGCAAUACGCAUUAAUCGAAUCAAUCAAGUUCAAUUCGGCUCAGCAGCAAGUGGUUGCUCUCCCUCUUGCAAAACAACAAACAAAAAAAAAAAACAAAAAAAUCGAAUCCAAUUCGCGGUGCAACAAAUUGAUUUUUUGGGCUGGCGAGAAAAGCUAUAAAGUAAAAUAAAACACACCGGCAACAAGCAGACCGACCACACAUAUCCCAGCAAUCUACACUACCAGUUCUAUAGUUGUGCGAAAGAAACCAGAUACCACGAUGCUGAUUGGAUUAGUACGCGACUCGGUGAUGCAGUGCUUCUGCCACACGUGCCGAGCACCUGGAAUUCUGCCAGCGGUGUCAAGAAGAUCUGCGCCAAUCAAGAAAAAUAAUAAGAUUCGCUCCAAGCAGCCGCGUCUCAGCAAGAAAGUUAAAUUUAUUACCACAGAGAUUCGCUGCCAGGAGAAGUCCCGCGGGGGACUGAGCUAUGAGGUCAUCCUGGCCGAGCCGGCACCCAAUGUAGCCGUUCCCAAACGGCCGGUCACCCCCGGCAAGAACGUUAGCGUCGAGGAGAUUGAGCAGAAACUUAAGGCGGCCGAGGAACGUCGUAUUUCUCUAGAAGCCAAGAAGAUGGCUGACAUCUCCAACAAGCUGGCUAAGGUCGAGGAGGCGACUCGCAAAAAGGAUGAGAUCACCAAUGAGUUCAUUACUCAGACCAAGGAGCAGCUGGAGUCGAAAAUGGAGCUGCACGUGGAGAAGCGAGAGGCCAUCAUCAGUGACAUGAAGGAGAAGCUAAAGAUUCAUGCCCAGGAGAUCGAAAAGACGCGUGAGACUCUCGAGCAGCAGAAGGCCAACGAGCAGAAGGCAAUCGAGGAGAAGUUGAAGAUUGCCCAAUCUCUUCGUGAUGAGAAUAUCAAGAAAAUGUUGAAUCGCCUAAAGGAGCAUAACACAAUCAAAAUUGCCGAAAUCAAAUCGCAGAACGAUCAAUUGGAAUGUCAAAAGCUCGAGGAGAAAGCGCGCAUUUAUGAGAACAAAUUGUUCGCCGCCGAGCAGAACCGCGAAAAGGAAUUGCAAAAAAAAAUUGAAAAAGUUCAAAAACUCGAACGCCGUGCUGAGAUAGUGCGCCAAAACAAGGCACAGGCCCAGGAUUUGGAUGGUCAGCAGAGCGCCAUUGCCUCAUCCGGCUAAGUAGGCCGAUCUUGCAUCUUGCAUCUUGCAUCGAGAGCUGUGCUCACCCACUGCAAACAAAAGUCGACUACAAAAAGAACAGCAACACUGCAUAAUACACCAACACAUAUUUAAGCAAGAAAACCCUUAAAACUGAAACCGAUUUCUCAAAAUUUCCAAGUAUUAUGAAAGCAAACGAAGGGCAAGGGCAAAGUCUCAAGAUACCGCUGAGCGAGUUGAGCCGUUUAAGAAUAAGACACUUUCUCACGAGCUCUAUAAUGAAACACUUACACGAAUAAGCUACGAUAAAGCGAAAAGAAAUGAAUGCUUACGGCAAAUUAAUACAAAAAACAAUUAGUCAAGGAUAUCUACAUUUAAACUUAAAAGCCCUGGCAGAAAAGCCUAUGCAAGUUGAAUGCCUGUCAUUUAAAAUUUAAAAUUCUUUUAAAAGUUCACGUUAAUUUCAGUUGAAAGUUUAAAACUUUACCCUGAGUUUCAAAAAUGUUUUGGAUUAGUUUUGAAUUCAUCAUUAUCAAAGUCUUAGUCUUAAAUGUUCAAGUUUUUUUUAUUUAAUUGCUGUGGCAUCGACUGAGGUAUUCUCAAAAUAUUAAUAGCACGCUGUAUUUGCAUCUAUGAAAGGCUAUCGCGAGUAAAAAUUUGAAAAAUGUUUUAAAUUAAGUUAAUGUAUACUUUAGUGUUAAUUUUAAUUUACUAACUUGCAACAACAAGAUACAUAUACUUGCUGAACAUAGUUUACACUAACGAAUAAUUUGUUUUUAUAAGUUUCGCAUUUUCUAUCUAUAAAAUAAAUGUCUAACAGAAAAAAUACAUAAGAAAUGCUUAUACAAUUCAAUAAAAUCAAAUACCAUGUAAAACACACGAAACGCAUUUUUGUUUUAUUUACAUACAACACAAACACUAAAAACGCUGAUAUAGACCGUAAUAUAAAUGAAGAGGAACUACAUAUAAUAUUA